GAUAAUCGUAGUAUAUCAACAAAUUUUAUAUUAUCUCUUUUUAAGCAAAAGGUUUUUUUAUUUAAUCGAGAAGGGCGUCGCACUGUAUAUAUAUAUUAGGACAAAAACGAAAGCAGAGCCGUGGAUGAAAUAGCCAAAAGUCCUUGAGAGAAAAAGACACACCAACCAAAAUUUGUCGUCAGUGUGCUCAAAAGCUUUCUUUGCUUAAACGUGCACACUUCACUCGUCUUGGAUCCUUUUCCGCUUUUCUCAGGUUUUCGUUUUCUCCGCUCUCUUGUGUUUUAUGCUCAAAAUUGAUUCCUUCACUGUUUGAUUGCAAUUGUUCUUACAGAUCUAUAUUUUGUGGCUUUUUUUUUUUAAUUUAAUCCCCACAUAGAAAAGCGAUCAAUUUUUCUUCUCCGAUCUACAUCAUCGUCUAACACUGCUAUUAAAUUUUCAGCUUUUUGUUCUUUUUUUUUUUUUUUUCUGAGAAUGCUAUGCUUUCUGUAAUUCGCUUUUUGAUUUUCGAGUUGCUUUCGAUUUUUGGGCUCUGGGUAGUGUUUAGCAUAAAUUCUAUAUCUUUCGGGUCACACGAAAUUGCGGGAUAAUCCAGUUAUUUAGCCUCCACGCGAAGAAAAAAUGGCGUCGGCGAACAGAGAGAUGGCUGUUUACUGCUUCGACACUUUGGUCUCUCACUACAACAACGAAGAGACUCCACCACCUGCCUUUGACGAGGCCAAUCAUCCAUUGUUUGUGACGUGGAAGAAGAUAGUGAAUGGUGGGGAGCCUCGAUUGCGUGGAUGUAUUGGUACACUGGAAGCACGCCGCUUGAUCAGUGGCUUCAAGGAUUACGCCUUGACGAGUGCCUUGAGAGAUCGUAGGUUCCCACCGAUACAACCCAAAGAACUGCCAUUUCUGCAAUGUACAGUGUCUGUCCUGACUAAUUAUGAAACUGCAGAGGAUUAUCUUGAUUGGGAGGUCGGAAAGCAUGGUAUCAUCAUUGAGUUCACUGACCCCGUGACUAAUGCAAAGCGAAGCGCCACAUAUUUGCCUGAGGUGCCAUCUCAAGAAGGGUGGACAAAGAUAGAGGCGAUAGAUUCGCUGGUGCGUAAAGCAGGAUACAACGGUGAGAUAACGGAAUCAGUGCGUAGGCGGAUCCAUCUAACACGAUACCAGAGUACGUUAUUCACCAUGCAUUACAGCGAGUACCUUUCUUACGUUAAGGCCACGAGAGGCCUUGUCCCUGCUAUUAACGGGACCAUCAAGCCCGUCACGUCCUUGUCCUGAUUCAUUUGCACCGUGUGAAACCAUUGCCAUUGAUUCUGUUUGGGCAAAACUCAUCCUAAUUUAUCGUUGUUUAUGUGAUUCGAAAAAAUGUCUGCCUCUGAUUUGGGCUGUUUCACAUUUUGUAUCAACAAUUAAUUAAAUCAAAGGAACCCACUUUGAUCCUCUCAGUCUAAUCUAAUCUCUUGAAAGAAGAAGAGUUUUUGAUCAUUUGUUGAUUCGGUUUUAGUUUGUUGACUCCCUUAUUAAAAAUCUAAUAAAAAUAAAUUCGAGUUUGCAAA